UCUCAUGCACGGUUUUGAAUGAGAGAAACAAGUGAGGAGAUGUCUGCAACUCUUUUCUGUUACUGCAAACAUUAUUCUAUUGUGACUUCUUUGACAUGACAUGAAUAUCCAUUUCGCCCCUUUUAUACAUCCUUUUGGUGCAAUGUUUUCUCCUCUUUAACCAGACUUCCAUAUCAAUCAAAUACUAUUGUUGCUAGAGUUCUGUCCUCUUCAUAAUAAACUAUAACGUGGAACAUUUGCUAAGCAUAAUAGUUUGGAAAAAUAAGUAUGUUCUUGAAGGAAAUAGGCUGUAACAUGUUAAAAGACACCUGCUUGCAAGGGAAUUGGCUCUAAAUUAAGAAGUUAAUUUGCAACUGAUCCAUACAUGUUUUAGUUUUUGUAAUGUAUGUUCUACAUGCCUUUAGGGAAGCAGAGUCUAUGGUUUUCUGCAGUUCUUGACAUUGGCAUGGUGUCAAACUGUUGGUUGAGGAAUAAGUUAUUGGGUGUUGUUUGUUGUGUAAAUCCAUAUCAGCAAUGAAGUAUCUUUAUUUUUCGUUAUUCAACUAGAAAAUUAUGUAAUUGUCACCAUCUUUUGUCAUUUGUAUACCCAACUUGCAAUUCCAUGCCUCAAAUUUUCCUGACUCAUGUAAUGCUUGCUUGUCUCGAUGCAUCAUUAUCUGUUAAGCUCUUCGAGCUUCGGUAAUGAGGCUCACACAUGCUACAAGUCCUUUGUUACUAUAAUUUUUCCUAUUUUAUGUCCUUGUAGGGUUGAGAAGAACAAUUUGCUCACUGAAUUGAAAACCUUCUGCUUUUCAAAAGAUGUACUUGUGUGGAAAUAAGUUUUUAAAGUCUAGAAUGCUUUGGAUAGAGUGUUUGGUCCAGCAGCAACUACUCGUCAUGUUUAUGAUGUUGCUGCUCAGCAGGUUGUCAAUGGUGCCAUGCAAGGAAUUAAUGGUUUUCUCCAACAAUAUGGGAAAGAAAUCUGAGCCCGUCAUAACAAAAUGCAAGGAGAGCGAAAACUGGACAAAAGUUACAUUUAAGCCUGACUUAGCAAAAUUCAAUAUGACUCAUCUUGAAGAUGAUGUUGUUGCCCUGAUGAAAAAGCGGGUGAUUGACUUGGCGGGAUGCCUUGGAAAGACUGUGAAGGUUGAGCUUAAUGGGCAAUGUAUUCCAAUAAAGUCUUUUCUUGACUAUGUUAAUCUCUACCUUCAAUCUGCCUCCAAAGCCAGACUAGAUGCCCUCCCAGGGUUUUCAUUUCAAUAUUUAUUGAUUCAUUUUACUUCUCAUAAUUCUAAUCAAAAUAUCUAA